CUGCCCAAAAUCAUUGAUUUUUUCAAACAUUCAUCACAGCAAUCGAAGUGACAUUCGUAAUUGUCAUUCGAUUCGUUUGGGUUGCGCGCCGUACUGUCACAAACACCGAUGAUCAUCAUGUCACCUGCUCGUACCGAAACGCUUUCCCAAAAUAAUCCAAUCAACAAUAAUAACAAUAACAAUAACGUCAACAAUAACCAACCAAUGGAAUCGGAUUUUAAAUACUUGGCCGUCGAUCGUACGGUGGUUUCGGAUCCCACAAAAACCGCCGAGUGGUCUGCCAAACGAUUAGUAUGGGUACCGCAUGAAACACUGGGCUUCGUUGCCGCCAGCAUCAAAUUGGAACGUGCCGAUGAAUAUGAAGUGGAAAUAGUGGAAUCCAAUAAAAAAUGCAUCGUCAACAAAGACGACGUUCAAAAAAUGAAUCCCCCUCGUUUCAAUAAAGUCGAGGAUAUGGCCGAAUUGACCUGCUUGAACGAAGCGUCCGUUUUGCAUAACCUCAAAGACCGAUAUUAUUCCAGCCUCAUUUACACAUAUUCCGGACUGUUUUGUGUGGUGGUCAAUCCAUAUAAAAAGCUGCCAAUCUAUACGGAUAAAAUUAUUGAACAUUACAAAGGCAAAAAACGUCAUGAAGUUCCGCCGCAUAUAUUUGCUGUUACCGAUGGUGCCUACCGUAGCAUGUUACAAGAUCGCGAAGAUCAAUCGAUUCUGUGCACCGGUGAAAGUGGUGCAGGCAAAACUGAAAACACGAAAAAAGUAAUACAAUAUCUGGCCUAUGUAGCAUCAUCAAAACCCCGUAGUGGAUCCGUAUCAUUGCAUACCGGAGAACUUGAACAACAACUUUUACAGGCCAAUCCAAUUCUGGAAGCAUUCGGUAAUGCUAAAACAGUCAAAAAUGAUAAUUCAUCUCGAUUCGGUAAAUUUAUACGCAUCAAUUUUGACGCAUCCGGAUUCAUAGCCGGUGCCAACAUCGAAACCUAUCUGUUGGAAAAGUCACGAACCAUACGUCAAGCGGUUGAUGAACGUAGUUUUCAUAUAUUUUAUCAAUUGCUUAAUGGAACGUUACCCGAACAAAGACAAGAAUUUCUACUGGAAGACGUUAAAAACUAUGCAUUCCUUACGCAUGGAGCUGUACCGGUGCCCGGUGUCGACGAAGCAAUCGAAUUCAAAAAUACCGUACAGGCCAUGCAGAUCAUGGGUCUGAAUACCGAAGAAUUAAGUGCCAUUUUCCGUGUCGUAUCGGCCGUCAUGUUGUUCGGCAACAUGAAAUUCAAACAGGAACGAAAUUCCGAUCAGGCCACAUUGCCCGAUAAUACAGUCGCACAAAAAGUUAGCCAUCUACUUGGGCUCAAUGUUUCCGAAAUGAUCAAAGCAUUUUUACGUCCCCGACUCAAAGUUGGUCGUGAUUAUGUGACUAAGGCACAGACCAAGGAACAAGUGGAAUCAUCGGUGGAAGCCAUUGCCAAAGCAUGUUACGAACGAAUGUUCAAAUGGCUUGUCCACCGAAUCAAUCGCUCGUUGGAUCGAACCAAACGUCAAGGCGCUUCCUUCAUCGGUAUCCUCGACAUUGCCGGUUUCGAAAUUUUUGAGCUUAAUUCUUUCGAACAACUCUGCAUCAACUAUACUAACGAAAAAUUGCAACAACUUUUCAACCACACCAUGUUUGUUCUCGAACAAGAAGAAUAUCAACGCGAAGGCAUCGAAUGGAAAUUCAUUGAUUUCGGUCUCGACCUUCAACCUACCAUCGAUCUGAUCGAAAAGCCAAUGGGCAUAUUGGCAUUGUUGGACGAAGAAUGUUGGUUUCCCAAGGCGACCGACAAAACUUUUGUCGACAAACUCAUUACCUCACACAAUAGCCAUCCCAAAUUUGUUCAGACGGAUUUCCGUGCCAACGCUGAUUUUAGCAUCAAACAUUACGCCGGAAAGGUGGACUAUCUAGCUUCUCAGUGGUUGAUGAAAAAUAUGGAUCCAUUGAAUGAAAACGUGGUUCAAUUGUUGCAACAAUCAUCCGAUCCGUUUGUCAUUCAAAUAUGGAAAGAUGCCGAAAUUGUUGGCAUCGGUGUGGCCACAUUAAGUGGUGAUACGCAAUUCGGUGCCCGUACUCGCAAAGGAAUGUUUCGAACAGUAUCGCAACUCUACAAAGAUCAAUUGACCAAAUUGAUGACCACCUUACGCAAUACCAAUCCCAAUUUCGUCCGGUGUAUUAUUCCGAAUCAUGAAAAGAAAGCCGGCAAAAUUGAUGCCCCACUCGUACUGGAUCAGCUUCGUUGCAAUGGUGUUUUGGAAGGCAUUCGAAUCUGUCGACAAGGUUUUCCGAAUCGAAUUCAAUUCCAAGAAUUCAAACAACGAUAUGAAUUGCUUACACCCAAUGCUAUUCCCAAAGGGUUUAUGGAUGGCAAACUUGCAUGCGAAAAAAUGAUUGCCGCUCUGGAUUUGGAUCCCAAUCUUUAUCGAAUUGGUCAAUCGAAGAUAUUCUUUCGUGCCGGUGUGCUAGCUCAACUUGAAGAAGAACGUGAUAUGAAAAUAUCCGACUUGGUUGUCAAUUUUCAGGCAUGGUGUCGUGGUCUGCUAGCCCGUCGUAAUUAUCAUAAACGAUUGCAACAACUGAAUGCUAUUCGUGUCAUUCAACGUAACUGUGCUGCAUAUCUUAAACUUCGUAAUUGGUCUUGGUGGCGUUUGUAUACCAAAGUGAAACCAUUGCUCGAAGUGACUAAACAUGAAGACAAGUUAUUGGAAAAGGAGGAUGAAAUACGUCAGGUGAAGGAUAAGCUGAACAGAGCGCAACAGGAAUUGGUCGAUUUGGAUAAAAAAUAUCAACAACUAGUGACCGAAAAGAAUGAUCUAUCGGCCGCUCUUCAGGCUGAAACCGAGCUCUGCAACGAAGCCGAAGAAGCUCGUGUGCGUUUGACUGUUCGCAAACAAGAACUGGAAGAAUUGAUCAUCGAAUUGGAAACACGUAUCGACGAAGAAGUCGAUCAAUUUCAGGUUUUGAACAAUGAAAAAAAGAAACUGCAAUCACAUAUCCAGGAUCUGGAAGAACAACUGGAAGAAGAAGAAUCGGCCAGGCAAAAAUUGCAAAUCGAAAAGCUGGCACUCGAAACCAAGGUGAAAAAGCUGCAAGAAGAAGCAUCCGUCUCCGAGGAUACACACGGCAAAUUGGCCAAAGAGAAAAAAUUACUAGAUGACCGGCUGGCCGAAUUGAUGAAAACGGUUGGCGAAGAAGAAGAAAAAUCCAAACAUCUUGCCAAACUGAAAGUUAAAUAUGAAAGUUCAAUCACCGAACUAGAAGACAAACUUAAAAAAGAACAAGAGCAAAAAUACGAAUUGGAACGUGUCCGACGCCGUCUCGAAAACGAAUUAAGCGAUACAAAAGAACAGCUCAGCGAAAAGAAUGGCCAAUUGGAAGAUGUACAGGCAUUGAUCAGCAAAAAAGAAGCCGAUCUAGGUCAGGCAUUGUCGCGUUGUGAUGAAGAAUCGGCAUCGCGUAGCCAAAUACAGAAACAGCUACGAGAAUUGGAAUCACAAUUGGCCGAAAUCCAAGAGGAUCUCGAAACAGAACGACAGGCGCGUGCCAAAGCAGAAAAACAGAAGCGCGACCUGAACGAAGAGCUGGAAGCGCUCAAAAACGAGUUAAUGGAUUCGUUGGAUGUCACCGCCGCUCAACAAGAUCUGACACAGAAACGUGAACAGGAGCUUGAUCGAUUACGACGCAGUCUGGAAGAAGAAUCACAACAACACGAAAGCCAGAUCCAGGAUCUUCGCCAAAAAUACGGCAAAACUAUCGAAGAAUUGAACGAAAGUAUCGAUAAUCUCCGUAAGACAAAAACCACGCUCGAAAAAACCAAAUUGAAUCUGGAAGCCGAAAACGCUGAAAUGACGCAGGAAAUUGCCAACAUCAACCAGGCCAAACAGGAUAGUGAACGUCGUCGCAAACAGGUGGAGUCGCAAGUGUCCGAAUUGACUAGCCGUUUGAAUGAGAUCGAAACGAAAAAGGCCGAAUUGGUGGAAAAAGGGGCCAAAAUGCAACAGGAACUGGAAUCGGCAUUAUCGCAGCUAGAAGAAGCUGAUCGUCGUGCCAGUCAGGCAAACAAAAACAGCAACACAUUGAAUGUACAGUUGGCCGAACUUCAGGAAUUGUUGCAAGAAGAAACGAAACAAAAAUUAUCGCUCAAUUCCAGACUACGACAAGUGGAGAGCGAGCGUGACGCUAUUCGCGAACAAAUCGAAGAAGAGGAAAAGUUGAAAAAAUCCUUGGAAGCCCGGCUCAAUCAGAUUAACGCUGCAUUCGUGGAAGCCAAGAAAAAAAGCGAAGAGGAUGCCGAAUUGUUGGUGCUGUCCGAAGAGAAUCGUAAAAAAGCUGUCAAAGAAUUCGAAAUUGCCGGCCAACAAUUGAAAGAAGCUGUGGCCACUAUUGACAAAUUGGAAAAAUCCAAGAAAAAACUCCAGUCCGAAGUGGAUGAUUUGAAUAUUGAGCUCGAAAAUCAACGAUCCAAAGUUUCCGAGUUGGAAAAGAAACAGAAAAAAUUCGAUGCCAUGAUCCAAGAGGAAAAGGAAUUAUCGGCCAAAAUCGCCAACGAACGUGAUCAGGCGGAACGUGAAUCGCGUGAAAAGGAAACGAAAAUCCUCUCCCUGCAGCGAGAACUGGAAGAUCGCGACAAUCUCUAUGUGGAAAAUGAACGAGCCAAAAAGCUACUGCAGACCGAAUUGGACGAAUUGAUCAACAAUCAAUCGUCUACCUAUAAAAACUUCCAUGAACUGGAAAAAGCAAAACGUAGUCUGGAGAAUGUGGUUGCCGAACAAAAAGCUCAUAUCGAAGAGCUGGAAGAUGAACUGAUGGUUCUGGAAGAUUCCAAACUUCGUAGCGAAGUCAAUGCACAGGCCAUGAAAUCGCAAUUCGAACGUGAACUGAAAGACAAAGAGGAACAGGCAGAGGAAAAACGACGCGGUCUCAUCAAAAAGAUUCGCGAUCUGGAGACCGAAUUGGAAGAAGAACGCAAACAAAAAUCGGCCGCCACAAUGGCUCGCAAAAAGCUCGAAAGCGAAUUGCAUGAUCUCGAACAACAACUGGAGAUUGGCAACAAAAUGAAAGAAGAUGCAAUCAAACAGUACAAACGUCUGCAAGCUCAGUCCAAAGAUAAUCAACGCGAAAGCGAGGAAUACAAAGCCGUGGCCGAAGAAUUGAGCGCCCAGAACAAGGAAUACGAAAAACGGUUCAAAGUGUCCGAAGCCGAAUUGAUUCAGGCCCAAGAAGAUCUGGCCGCUUCCGAACGGUUGCGUCGUGCUUUCGAAAGUGAACGUGACGAAUAUCUGGAUGAAAUCAACAAUCUGGCACCGCUUCGAAGCCAGAUCCAGGACGAACGUAAACGAUUCGAAGCGCAGAUCAGCGAACUGCAGGACCGGCUCGAGGAAGAGCAAAGCAACACCGAAGUACUCGUCGACCGCAUCAAAAAGAUGCAAACCCAAGUGGAACAGAUGAACAUCGAACUGAGCAACGAACGUUCGCUUAGCCAGAAAAACGAAACGGCUCGUACUGCCGCCGAACGACUAAACAAAGAGCUUCGCAACAAACUUCAAGAACUCGAAUCGACGCAACGAACCAAGAACAAACAACUGAUCAGUCAGAUGGAAAACAAAAUCAUCCAACUGGAAGAGCAACUGGACAACGAGACCAAGGAAAAACAAGGUGCCAACAAAAUGAUUCGCAAAAUGGAAAAACGCAUCAAAGACAUGCAGGCUCAGAUCGAAGACGAAAAACGACUGACCGAACAGAUGAACAGCAAACUGGAAAAAAGUAAUGCCCGCACCAAAUCGUUGAAAAACCAGCUGGACGAAUUGGAAGAGGAAUGUUCUCGCGAAAAGACCAGCCGCCGCAAAGCGCAGCGAGAACUCGAGGACACCAUCGAAGCCAACGAAUCGUUGUGCAAAGAGAUUGAAAUUCUCAAAAACAAACUGAGACGGUCGACGGCCAGCUCCCGUAACUACAUUUCGAACAAACGUGGCUCGAUGAGUGGCACCGGCGACGACAAUUCCAUCGGUUCGCCUCAAGAUGACGACAGCCCGACCAACGAUGACACCAGUCCAUCCUCCACACCGGCACCAAGUUCUCGUAUUUUACCGCAGGGACAGCCCAUGUAAUGUCCAGUAUUAAAGCAUCAUCAGUGC